AUGAUUUAUAAUUCUAGCUACCAUACUAGCUCGAAUGGGACACCUUUUUUUAAAAGCCCUGCCAGAGAGCCUCGUGAUGAAGACCAGCUGUCAACUCUUCCAAACGAAGACUUCUGUUUGAAAGACGCUGAUCCUAAGCUGACCUUCAUAAGCAUCCUUUCUCAAAAUACCCCUGAAUUCAAUUCAGAAUCAGAAGAAAAUGACUCAAAUUUACCUGAUAAGGAAGUUUGUAAUUUUUCAAAAAAUUCAGACCCGGCUGAGGUCUUGUCAAAAGUAAGCAAGCAUAUUCUUGCGAGUGUUCAAGAAGCACUUACAUUUGAGCGAAAAAUGAUGCUUGAUAUUGUCAAUGAGGAUUCAAAAAGAGACUGAUUAGUUUACGAGUUAUCUAAAAAACUAGACAGUCUUCAUAGAGAAAAUAUUUUAUUAGCUCAUGAUAAUAAAUCGCUGAAAGGAAUAGUCCAGUAUUUGGACUUAUAG